AUGGCGGUGCCGCGCCGCCGAUGGCUCCACGCGAGGCUGCAUAACCGAGCCUAUAGAUAUCGUCACUCUUUCCUACACCGCGUGUCCUCUUUCUCGACAUAUUCCCUAUUUGCCGAGUCACCCUCGGUCGCUAUCACCUCCCACAGUGGUCACAAACCUGGAUCCUUCAAGACCCUCGCCCAUACCUUCUCCGCUGUCGAGGAUGUGAAGAACUCGCGGGUCGCUGGCGUUCAGCUUCUGUCCGACGGAUAUCGUCGUUUAUUGGCCUUACCAACAUCUCAAGAGCUGGCAUGCGCUUUGUAUCUCACAGCGUCGCAGCUAGCGCCACCCUACGAGGGCGUGGAGCUCCGUUUUGGAGCCAAGAGCUUCGUUCGGUUCCUAAAGCAACUGGAGACAGAGGAGAUCGGAGAUUUAGACUCGAGAGAAACGCUGGAGAAGCUUCUGGCCACAUUUCCGGACUACGGACGGGCCACCCAGGCUCUGCUGGACAGUGGGCGCGCUGUAGUACCGGAGAUUGAAGAUAUAGGCGAACUACUGAGCAUUCAGGCUGUUUAUGAGCAGUUGAUGGCCAUUGCAACCGACGAAGGAGCUGGUGGAGUCGCGAGGAAGCAGCAACUAGCGCUAAAACUGCUGCAGCAAUGCAGGAGAGGAUUUUUCUCGUCCGUAUGCUGA